AUGGGGAACAUCUCCUCCAACAUCUCCGCCUUCCAGUCCCUGCACAUCGUCAUGCUGGGCCUGGACUCGGCGGGGAAGACCACGGUGCUCUACCGGUUGAAGUUCAACGAGUUCGUCAACACCGUGCCCACCAUCGGCUUCAACACGGAGAAGAUCCGGCUGAGCAACGGGACGGCCAAGGGCAUCAGCUGCCACUUUUGGGACGUGGGUGGUCAGGAGAAGCUGCGCCCGCUCUGGAAGUCCUACAGCCGCUGCACCGAUGGCAUCAUCUACGUGGUGGACUCAGUGGACGUGGACCGGCUGGAGGAGGCCAAAACAGAGCUGCACAAGGUGACCAAGUUCGCCGAGAACCAGGGCACCCCGCUGCUGGUCAUCGCCAACAAGCAGGACCUGCCCAAGUCCCUGCCGGUGGCCGAGAUCGAGAAGCAGCUGGCCCUCCACGAGCUGACCCCUUCCACCACCUACCACAUCCAGCCCGCCUGCGCCAUCAUCGGCGAGGGGCUCACGGAGGGCAUGGACAAGCUCUACGAGAUGAUCCUGAAGCGGAGGAAGUCCCUCAAGCAGAAGAAGAAGCGGUAGAAGCCCCGCAGACACGGGGAGGGAUGGGGAAGCAGACAAAGGAACCGAGGGGGAGAGAGAACCAAAGCGAUUCUUUUUGGUUUAAUUGUUAUUAUUAUUAUUUUUUUUCCUCCUUUUUUUUUUUUUUGUUUUUCUUCCUUCCUUUCCAAAUGAAAAGACAAUAGUGGUGAUGAUAACAAAGCCGCUCCUGCCAGCCAAGCCCAGAUCCCGGCUGCGGGUGAGAGCCGGGAUCUCCCCUCUCCCACCGCCCCUUUCCAUGGAUCACCGUGCUCCCAAGGGCCGGAUCCGGACC